AUGGUUUCACUACUUCAGGAUCAAUCUAAUAUUAAAUUUUCUUCUUCGGACACUUUGGAAAGGGACCAACAAGAGGACCUCAUGAAGACACCGGGGGAUUCAGUAUCCCCAAUUCAGCAAACGGAUAAUCCCAGUUACAGCUGCCAAGCGUACGAAUCAGACAGCAGGACAGAAAGGAAGAGCUCCGAGUCCUCCCACAGCCCCAGCCCUGCAUCUCCAGCCCAGGAUCAGCUCCUUGGGAGAUUUCCCCCCAGCCAAGGGAUUCACUGCAGCAAGAACAAAUUUCAGGUCUCCUUCAGCACAGAAAAAUUCCGGCGGUACAGUUAUGAGGAAAACACUGUAGGAAACUACGACAGGUUCCUCAAGAGCAGCAGGAACCCCUUUCACCCCUACAAGAGGCAGAUCAGUGAGGACGUCUUCCAGGAAGCACAGCAAGCCCUUCCACCUGAAGGUCCAUCUUUCAAAAGCACCAGAAGUAUUGAGGGUUUUGAGGGUCUCCCAGGAUCUACGGGCCCUGAUGAGUCAGAGUCAUUUCCAACACACCUUCCAAACAUCUCCUCCGAGCAGCCGUGGUGUAACAGCCUCCAGUACAGCACCACAGGUCAAGAUCACAAUUCACAAGUCAUGCAGGAUUCAGAUCUCAAGCUUAGGACAUCCCCACUGGAAGGGCAGCCUGGGUUGUACUGCUAUCAGCCCCAAGUGCAGCAGAUGUACUGCUCCUCACAUCCCUUCCAUCAGUACCCAUCAGGAGGCAGCUACCCGGUGACCUACAUCACCUCUUCGCACUACCCCUACCAAAGGAUUGCUCCUCAAAGCACUCAAGAAUCCCAGCAGCCUCUAUUUCCCAAGCCCAUCUACUCCUACAGCAUCCUGAUCUUCAUGGCACUCAAAAACAGCAAGACGGGCAGUCUGCCAGUCAGCGAGAUUUACAAUUUCAUGACAGAGCACUUUCCUUACUUUAAGACAGCCCCGGAUGGCUGGAAGAACUCCGUGCGCCACAACUUGUCCUUGAACAAAUGCUUUGAGAAAGUUGAAAACAAAUCAGGCAACUCUUCUCGGAAAGGCUGUUUGUGGGCUCUGAACCCAGCCAAGAUUGACAAGAUGCAGGAGGAGCUGCAGAAAUGGAAGAGGAAAGAUCCGGUGGCUGUGAGGAAGAGUAUGGCAAAGCCAGAAGAGCUUGACACGCUGAUAGGCGACAAAGGUGAAAAGCUGCGAUCUUCCAUCAUGUCGUGCAGUCCUAACGGCGUUGCAGGUGCGUCCCUCUCCAGGCAGAUGGCAGUCCAACCCCACUCCUUGGGCGAGCCCUCGCUUUCCUCUGUACCGCAGCCUCUGCAUCCCAUCCACACAUCAUCAGGAGCUCUCCAUGCCAAGAACACGUUGCCAAACUUGCUCGGAGGGCAGCAAACCGCAUGCUACACCGCCCCACAGGGCUUCCCUCCAAUCUCAAGCGCGUUAAUGCCUCAGACACCAGACCAUCAGACAAUGUUUCCUUCUGGGGAGGCUCCAAACGAACUGCGGGGUCAACCCAGCAUCACCCAGGACUCCCCACUGCCGGCCCAGACCCCCCCGAGCUGCGGCUUGAAGGUGAUGACAGAGCACUGCACGGCCCGCACGGUGCCCGACCCUCUGCUGCAGGAGGGGGACCUCAGCAACGACAUCGAUGCUCUGAAUCCAUCCCUCACCGACUUUGAUCUCCAAGGCAACCUCUGGGAGGAGCUGAAGGAUGACAGCCUAGCUGUGGACCCCCUGGUUCUCAUUUCAUCAUCCCCAACGUCUUCCCAGUGUUUCCCUUCUCAUUGCCAGAUGGAGAACAGCAACACAGCCGCCAUCCCACAUGGAACCCCACACAGUAACCUACCCGACCUCCAGCUCACUACUCUUUACUCUGCCUUUAUGGAGUUGGAUACAGUGUCUCCUGCCUACCUGAGUAAUCCUGGAUCCAAACCUAUAGCACUGAUGUGA